UACGUCGACAUCUGAGUAAGCCUGCCCCGCGUAAAGUUUUCCCUCGCCAGCAGGCUCUAGACCCGCCUCGACAACCUGACGAUGGCGCCCCCACCGCGACUACUGACGCCGCUGUCGCUAUCUCUGGUGCUUCUGGCGCCACUGCUGCUGGUGCCGCCGCCUGCUGCGAACGCUGCCCUGCUGCCAGCAGCCGCACUCGGCACAGUGCCGUCGUCCGGGCAGGCAACAGUCCAGCAACAGCCGCUGCCUCAGCCGCACCAGCACCAGCAGGGGAGCCAGGGAAGCUUCUGGUUCCGGACCCUCCGCUCUGCGGGUGGUCUGCGGCGGCUGCUGAUGCCGCCCGUGCCGCCGCAGUGCGCCUACACCGGCUUCAACAUGCAGAUGCAGUGUAACGGCGACCUGAUGAACUUCACCAGUGAGCUGGUGGGCAAGCCGACCAACGACCUGGCGUCACUGGCGCCCACGCUGCCCCUGGAGCGGCUGGCGGACUACCUGGACAAGCGCACCACGCCCCCCUCUGCCCAGUGCUGCGAGGCAGCCGGCGCCUUCAUAAACCUGUACUGCCUCUGCGCCCCGGCCAUGCGCGACGAGUUUGAGGAGUUUGUGCAGUGGGACCAGCUGCGGACGGUCGCCAGCUAUUUGAGCAAGAACUGUGGGCAGGUCAACCGCCCGAUUCCCGUGGUUUACAUGGACGACAAUUGCCCGGAGCACCCAAUCUAGAGAGUCGCAUGGCUGCUGGCGGCCUGCUAGUCGCAAAUUCACGUGUUCAGAGGCGCUGUGCAUGAGGAGGCAGGCGCGCUGGAAGUUGAUAGGUUGGUAUCGGCGAUGCUUUACAGUGCAAUUGUAUGUUUCUAUGUUGCAGCCUGAUGGGCGCGCUUGGCGGCGGUGACAAAAGGCGGUGGCAAAGGGGGUGGGGGCGCUGUAUGUUGACGAACGAGGGGGAAGAGGCAAAUGGCAGCAGUGGAGGUACCCGCGGGUCUGCAGUUCGAGUGUUCCGGCUUGGCAAUCUGGGUAAGGCGAAUUUCGGUUGCUUCAUCCUUGUUAGAGUAGAAUGGGUCUUGAGAGCUCCCG